UUACAGGUUGUGGAAUUCCUAUUUUUCACUGUAAAGUUUUGCGAUUGUGCCAAAAGCCGUCAUAAGCACAGUAGCACAUAAACUUGACAAAAGCAAGUCGGGGUCAGUAGCAUUAUUAAAAGUUCUGCAGAAGAAUAAAAGAUUUGAGAGUACAUACAAAAACAGAAGUACAUCAACAUGGAGGGGAAUGUUGUUGUAAAAGAAGUGCGGAUCCUGGAGACCGCUGAAGACAUCCAGGAUCGGCGAGACCAGGUUCUCUCAAGGUACUCCCAGUUUCGCUCAGAUGCUCGUCUGAAGAGGGACAAGCUUGAAGACUCGCGAAAGUUCCAGUACUUCAAACGUGAUGCUGAUGAGUUGGAAUCUUGGAUUCAUGAGAAAUUGCAAGCUGCAUCUGAUGAGAGCUACAAAGAUCCUACCAAUCUUCAGGCAAAAAUUCAGAAACAUCAAGCCUUUGAGGCUGAAGUGGCAGCUCAUUCAAAUGCUAUAGUGGUGUUAGACAACACAGGUUCUGAAAUGAUCAACCAGCAGCAUUUUGCCUCUGAUGUUAUUAGGCAGAAGUUGGAUGAGCUUCAUCGAUUAUGGGAGCUAUUGUUGAGUCGCUUGGCGGACAAAGGAAUGAGACUACAGCAGGCUUUGGUGUUGGUGCAAUUCCAGCGCCAGUGUGAUGAAGUCAUGUACUGGAUUAAUGAUAAGGAGACAUUUGUUACUUCUGAAGAAUUUGGCAUUGACUUGGAACAUGUUGAAGUUCUUCAGCGUAAAUUUGAUGAAUUCCAGAAGGAUAUGGCUGCUCAAGAGUACAGGGUCACUGAGGUCAAUGCUCUGGCUGAAAAAUUAGUUACUGAUGGCCACCCUGAAGUUGAGGUGAUAAACAAGCGCAAGAAGGACUUGAAUGAAGCUUGGCAACGUUUGCGUCUGCUUGCACGCACCAGGCAGGAGAAGCUCUUUGGGGCCCAUGAAAUUCAACGUUUCAAUAGAGAUGCAGAUGAAACCAUUGCAUGGAUUGCUGAGAAAGAUGUUGUUUUGUCUUCUGAUGACUAUGGAAGAGAUUUGGCUUCUGUUCAGACACUUCAGCGCAAGCACGAGGGUUUAGAACGUGACCUUGCUGCCUUAGAAGAUAAAGUUUCUACUUUAGGUGAAGAAGCAACUCGCUUAUGUGGUAUUCAUUCUGAUCAUGCUGAACAGAUAAAGGUCAAAUUAGCUGAAAUUGAGCACUCUUGGUCAACCUUGACAGCAAAGGCACAGGAACGCCGCCGCCGUCUGGAUGAUUCACAUUACCUUCAUCGCUUCCUGUCUGAUUUCCGUGACCUGAUAUCUUGGAUUAAUGAUAUGAGAGCAAUAAUUACAGCUGAUGAAUUAGCUAAGGAUGUUGCAGGAGCAGAAGCAUUACUAGAACGCCAUCAGGAACACAAGGGUGAAAUUGAUGCUCGGGAGGACAGCUUUAAGAGUACUCAUGAAGCUGGUGAAAUGUUAGUAGAGAAGAACCAUCAUGCCAAGGCUGAAGUAGUAGAAAAGUUGAGCACCUUGUCUCAGGAGAAAGCUGCUUUGCUGGCUCUCUGGGAAGAGCGCCGUAUCUUGUAUGAACAGUGCAUGGACUUGCAACUCUUUUACCGUGACACUGAGCAAGCCGACACAUGGAUGGCAAAGCAGGAGGCUUUCUUGGAAAAUGAAGAUUUAGGCGACUCCAUUGACUCAGUUGAGGCCCUUAUUAAAAAACAUGAAGAUUUUGAGAAAUCUCUAGCUGCCCAGGAAGAGAAAAUCAAGGCCCUUGAUGAAUUUGCUACUAAGCUCAUUGAAGGCCAGCAUUAUGCUGCAGAUGAUGUAUCCCAGAGACGUGAACUUCUUUUGGAACGUAGGGCAGCAUUGCUUGAUAUGUCGGCUCGCCGUCGUACGAUGCUGGAAGAUUCAUAUAGAUUCCAGCAGUUUGAAAGAGAUUGUGAUGAAACUAAAGGUUGGAUCAAUGAGAAACUAAAAUUUGCUACUGAUGAUAGCUAUUUAGAUCCUACUAACUUGAAUGGGAAAGUCCAAAAACAUCAAAACUUUGAUCAGGAGUUGAGUGCAAACAAGUCUCGUAUUGAGGAAAUUACAUCUACUGGAAAAGAGCUGUUGGACUCUGAUCAUUAUGCCAGUGAACGCAUUGGUAGUCGUAUGGAGGAAAUUUUGCAGCUUUGGACAUCACUUGAGGAAGCUACACGUAGAAAGGGCUCAAAGCUGGAAGAAGCUUCUCAGCAGCAGCAGUUCAAUCGUGGUGUUGAGGAUAUUGAACUUUGGCUUUCUGAGAUUGAAGGUCAAUUGAUGAGUGAGGAUUAUGGUAAAGACCUUACUGGUGUACAAAAUCUGCUUAAAAAGCAUGCCCUUUUAGAAGCUGAUGUUGGGUCACAUCAGGAUAGAAUUGAUGGUGUGCGGAUUGCUGCCGAUCAGUUUGUAGAUCGUGGGCAUUUUGAUGCAGACAACAUCAAAGCUAAGCAGUUGGCGCUUCAGGAACGGUACAAUGCACUUCAGAAGCCAAUGACGCUUCGUAAAGAACGUCUUAAGGAUUCUCUGUUGGUUCAGCAGUUGUUCCGUGAUAUUGAUGAUGAAGAGGCUUGGAUACGGGAAAAAGAACCCAUUGCAGCUUCCACAAAUCGGGGAAGGGACCUUAUUGGGGUACAAAAUCUAAUCAAGAAACACCAAGCUGUCUUGGCUGAAAUCAACAAUCAUGAGCACAGAAUUAUUGCUGUUACCACAUCUGGAGAGGAAAUGAUCAGUGAUGGUCAUUUUGCUGGUGAAGAGAUAAAACAACGAGUUAACACCCUGAGCCAGCAUUGGGCCCAACUCAAGGAGCGUGCCAAUCAGCGCCGUCAAGACCUUGAUGAUUCCAUGCAAGCCCACCAAUACUUUGCAGAUGCAAAUGAAGCUGAAUCUUGGAUGAAGGAGAAGGAACCCAUUGCAGGUGGUGGAGACUUUGGUAAAGAUGAAGAUUCAGCUGAAGCUCUUCUGAAGAAACAUGAGGCCCUCAUGAGUGACUUGGAAGCUUUCAGUUCCACUAUAGCCAGCUUGGAGGAACAGGCUGCUGGAUGUCGUCAGCAGGAAGUACCUGUUAUGGAUAUUACAGGCAAAGAAUGUGUGGUGGCUCUCUAUGAUUACACUGAGAAGUCGCCUCGUGAAGUGUCCAUGAAGAAGAAUGAUGUGCUAACACUCCUGAAUGCUACAAAUAAGGACUGGUGGAAAGUAGAAGUAAAUGAUCGGCAGGGAUUUGUUCCUGCUGCCUACGUAAAGAAGAUUGACUCUGGCUUAACUGCCUCUCAACAGAACCUGGCUGAUGGAAAUUCUAUUGCUGCACGCCAGAAUCAAAUAAGAGGUCAGUAUGAAAACUUGAUGGCUUCUGCACGGGAACGCCAAAAGAAACUUAGUGAAACUGUUCAGGCCUAUGUUUUGGUAAGAGAGGCUGCAGAAUUAGCACAGUGGAUUAAGGAUAAGGAGCAGCAUGCCCAGAUCGAAGAUGUUGGAGAAGAUUUGGAACAGGUCGAGGUUCUGCAAAAGAAGUUUGACGAUUUCAAAACAGACUUGCAAGCCAAUGAGGUACGUCUUGCUGAAAUGAAUGAGAUAGCCAUGCAGCUCAUGAGUCUAGGACAAACAGAAGCUGCUCUGAAGAUUCAAACUCAGAUUGAAGACCUCAACACAAAAUGGAACUCGCUGCAACAGAUGGCCCAGGAGCGUCAGUUCCAAUUGGGAUCAGCUCAUGAGGUACAGCGCUUCCACCGUGACGUUGAUGAAACCAAGGACUGGAUCCAAGAAAAGGAUGAAGCACUCAACAAUGAUGAUUGUGGAAAAGACUUGAGAUCAGUUCAGGCUCUUCAGCGCAAACAUGAAGGCUUGGAGAGAGAUCUUGCUGCCUUAGGGGAUAAAAUUAGACAGCUUGAUGAAACUGCUAACCGUCUGAUGCAGACUCACCCUGAGGCUGCAGAUACUAUAUAUGGAAAGCAGCGAGAGAUCAAUGAAUUAUGGACACAACUUACUGCUAAGGUGAGGAGGACCAUUCAGUGCUACACUUUAUGCUACUGUUGAUGUGUAUGGGAGUUC